UGUAACACCCAAGAAGAAACACCAGAACACCUAAUAUUACAAUGCCCAAGAUUCAAUUCACAUAGAAUAAACCUACUACAAUCAUUAAAACAAUUAAAAAUACAAACUCCUAAUUUAAACUUAUUACUUACAGGUGCAGAUCACCCACCAGUAAAGAAGUAUUACAUUAUGAGACACACAAAAAUCUUCCUACAGAGAACAAGAAUAAUAGAUAUAAUAUAGAAACAACGAAGACCCAUAAAUGAAAAUCCAGGUAGUAUAGACUACUAUAUAGUCUAAAACCCUAUAAAAGAAGAAAGAAGAAAGAAGAAGAGUGACCUUAUCAAAGUCCGAAACCCUGUAGAAGAAGAAAGAAUAAGAAGAAGACCUUAUUAAAAGUCAAAGACGUAUAAAAGAGGAAAGAAGAAGAGUGACCAUAUUACUAGCAGGGAAUAUAGAUUGUAGAAUAGUCUAAACCCUAUAAAACAAGAAAGAAGAGCUUUGGAGUGAAUAUUUUCCUUAUUAAAGCAAAACAUUAGUUUUUAACAAUGUCUUGCGAAUCAAAAAAGCGAAGACACGAGGAAAUGGAACCUGUUCUUGAUUCUGUGGGUGAAAAACCAGAAGCAGUUUUGUUUUUAGUUCAAGAAGGCAUUCAGGGAAAGCGAUUUCAACUAAUGAAGAAUUUUGCUGCAAAGAAUGGAUUUCACUGUGAAGAUCAGCUGUGCGAAAGAGUAACUCAUGUUAUAUCCGAGCUGGAUAAUGUUAAGCAGAUUAAGAAGUUAUACCCACAGCUGUCUCAGAACAGUCACAUUAAGAUUGUUUCAUCUCAGUGGAUGUAUACUUGUGUUCGACAGAAAAUGCAUAUGCCGGAAAACAAUUUCCUAUUGGAAGGUUAUCACCAGUGGUUAGUGGAGAGUCUGCAAGAUGCUCAGAGUUCAAGUAAAAGAAGUGAAUUGGGAUUACAAAGUGAAUCAGCAGACAGCAAACAGAAACUGGCAAAGGAUAACGAGGAGCUGGGUCACACAGAGCAUGAUAAAAAGACCUUCAAUGAGAAUAUCCUUGAACGAAAUGCUAAAUUACAAAACCAUAAUAUGAAAUUGGUAGAGUCAUUAACAUUUAUGAAUAAUUACUGGACUGUCAUGGGUGAUGAAAGAAGAGCACUGGCAUAUGCUAAAGCUGCAGCCACCAUCAAAUGUCUUCCUUUUACCGUCACGACAAUGGAGCAGAUUGAGGAGCUGAAAGGUUUGGGAACUGGACAUUGUCUUAAGGUAGUGCAAGAGGUUCUAAGAACUGGAACUUGUAGAGAGGUCACAACUAAAGCAGAAUCGGAAAAGUAUAUAGGACUAAAGAACUUGACUAGUGUGUAUGGUGUUGGUGCAGGUCUUGCAGAGAAGCUUUAUACAGUUCAUAAUUUAAGAACUGUUCAAGAUAUGAUAACUCAUUGGAAUCACUUGAAAUUAGCAGAUGAGAGGAUCAAGUAUGGAAUUGCAUACCAUCAAGAUCUCAACACUCCAGUGACAAGAGAAGAUGCUGGAAAGAUUGAGUCCAUUUUAAAGGAACACCUGGAUGUCAUCAAGCCAGGGUAUACACUUGAAAUUACUGGUGGAUUUAGGAGAGGCAAAAAAACUGGGCAUGAUGUGGACUUUCUGAUCUCUUAUAAGAAGGAUGGGGAAGAAGUUGGAGUUCUUUCAAAGCUUUUGCUUAGCCUCACAAAGAAGGGACAUAUUAUUCAUCAAAAAGUGGAAAAAUCAACUUUUGAUGAAGAGGCAGUAUUCAGGAAAGCGUCAGAGAAAGUAAACCCAAUGGAUCAUUUUGAGAAAUGUUUCUGCAUAUUUAGACUCCCAGAGUGUGAACCUUGGACAUCAUCUGAUACACUGAAUAUGGGGAGAGACUUUGAAAGCCUUGUUAAGGAAGGUGAAAGCAAAAGAGAGUGGAAGGCAGUCAGAGUAGACUUUGUAUUUGUUCCAUCCAGCCAGUGGGGCUAUGCACUCCUGGGCUGGACCGGUAGCAAGCUAUAUAUGCGUUUGCUGCGUCAUUAUUCCAAUCAUUAUUUAAAUAUGCUGCUCAACAGCCAUGGCCUUUGGAACAGGGCAGACAAUACACUUCUCCCUGCCCAAAAUGAAGAAGAGGUCUUUCAAAACCUUGGUUUGAGUUAUAAGGAACCAUGUGACAGAAAUUUUUAAUUUUUUUCAGUUGAGCAAUAAUUGUAUUGAAUUUAAUAUGGAAUUAAUGAAAGAAAUCAUACUAAAUGUGUAAUUCCAUUAUUAUGCAUUAUAUAUUUUUAGAAAAUGUUAUAAGAAUAGAUAAAAAAAAGUUU